GGCAGUCCGCGGGCGGAAGCGGCGGGCCGGGGCGCGAUGAGGGGCGCCGGGAGCAGCGCGGCGAUCCGCGCCUGGGCUGGGCCGCUCAUGCUCCCGAUCCCGGCAUGGCUGCCCCCGGCUCCUCGCAGAGGUUUGGCUGCCACAUUUGUCAGGAAGUCAUAUGAUGUCAGAAGGGUGGAUAUCACUCCCUUGGAGCAGAGGAAGGUGACUUUUGAUACCCAUGCUUUAGUGCAAGAUCUGGAAGCCCAUGGCUUUGGGAAGGAGCAAGCACAGACCAUCGUGUCGGCGUUGAUAACCCUGUCCAAUGUCAGCUUAGACACCGUCUAUAAGGACAUGGUUACACAGGCCCAGCAGGAAAUUACUUUACAACAGAUAAUGGCACAUUUGGACUCCAUUCGAAAAGAUAUGGUUAUCCUGGAGAAAAGUGAAUUUGCAAACUUAAGAGCAGAGAAUGAGAAAAUGAAAAUUGAAUUAGAUCAAGUUAAACAGCAGUUAAUGACUGAAACCGGUAAAAUCCGAGCUGACAGCAAGCUAGACAUAAACCUGGAAAGGAGCAGGGUGACAGAUAUGUUUACAGAUCAGGAGAGGAAACUGAUGGAAGCAACCACAGAGUUUCAUAAAAAAGAUUCAAAUACCAACAGCAUUAUCUCAGAAAUCAGUAAUAAAAUUGACACUGAAAUAGCUUCCUUAAAAACGCUCAUGGAAUCUAAUAAACUUGACACCAUUCGCUAUUUGGCAGCCUCAGUGUUCACUUGCCUAGCAAUAGCACUGGGAUUUUACAGGUUCUGGAAAUAAAUCUACAUGGAAUGACUGCACUAAAUACAGACAGAAAAGGCCACCCAAGCAACACCACUUKGAUGAUCACGUUUGCGCUGUAGAUAACCUUGAUACCUUUUUAUUUUGAUAUUCUUACUGUAUAAUAAAAAUGUUUUCUGAAUAUGAAAUACUAAAGAUCAAAAUAAUUGGGGGGAAGUAGCCAGAUAGUAAUAUUUCAUUGCCUCCUAUUCAAUACUGUAUUUAUUUAAAAAUAUUUCUUAUGCUAUACCAGAAAGUGUUUCCUAAUAUUUUUUAGAAGCAAAUUUGCUUUCUUUUUGGAAAAUUCUCACUCUCAGCUCCUUUCAAAAUGGAAAUAUUAAACAUUUUACAGACCCUUGAAAUGGGAAUACAGUUCCCAAAUUAGAGUUCCCAGUAUAGGGAUGCUAAUGCCAGACUUCAACAUAUCUAGUCUGAUCCAAGUAAAUUAUUCUUAAACAUAGGUUCUGGAUUUUGCCUUCAGUCUGUUUCAUUCUUCUUUGAUGAAAUGAGCCCUGUUCCUUUGGGUUUUUUAUCUACAUAUAUAAAAACACACUCCAAGGCCUUUACUAAAGAACUUUCCGUUUUUCUUUAAAACUGGUUUACCUAAAUUUAAAAUGUCACGUAUGACUAAAGUAUCUCCAUAGAUUUAUUUUCUUUAGUGUCUCUUGCAAUUUCCAUAACUCCAGAUGUCAGCAGAAUGGGAGAGCUUCUCUGCCUUUCCAAGGGGAAAUGCCUCCACUCUCAACAACUGUGUACAGCCCUGGGGCAGAUAAGUGCUCAUAACUUCCCCCUGUCAAGUAGCACAGRGUAUUUCCAAGAAACCUGCACAUAUUUUCUGGCCAUAGCAUCUGUCUUUGAACAUGAAAAUACUCUGCAUCUCAGUGUGGUGGUGGUGGUGGUGGUGAUCCUCCUCCAGACUUAUCUGUAAUCCUGUGGGACACGCUGACCCUCCUGACCACUCUGCCUUCUGCAAAGACUUGACAACUCUCAUUGCAGAGUUGCARCAUAGGUGGAUGCCUUCCAAAACUGAAGCGGUUCCAUCUUGUUGAGAACAAAUGUAUAUGCUUAGUUUGAUCCCUUUAGUAARAUAGUUUUAAAAGUCUUUCUGGAUUAAGUUUGAAGUAAGAAUAGGCCUUUAAUGGGCUGAGGACUAUGUAGUAAGUACUGACUAGUGGUAAUUUUUUUAUUGCUAUUUUAUUCUGUUUACAGUUGAACUUGCUGGUAUUCUGCAAAUUCUUACAUUCUCUGCAUUAAAUUAUUUAUCAUCUUUACUCAAGAAAAUAAAAUUAAUUUCUUAUA